ACUAUAUAAAUUCCACGAUGUUCUAUCGCCCUUAUAUCACUCGAACGCUCAACGACAACAGUCACAUCAGUGAGGUCUUUGUUAACAAACUACAGCCGACACCAGACGAAUCCACCAUUACAAAGUCUUCAAAAGUCCCUCUCAAAAGUACCAUACCUUGUGAGUGCCAUCUACCAUGUCCAAGACAGCGACAACGGGCUGGUUGACAACGGGCAGACUGGGGUCCUCCACAGUUGUGAUGUCAUCAACUGAAAAUCCUGCCACGCUUGUCCUUCGCCACAAAGUGAAGAAUCUGCAGGAGGACACAGAAUCCUAUCUAAAGGACAAAAUUGCAGGUUUCAAAGAUAAAAUUAAAGACAAAUCAUCUGAAGAAAUCAAUGAGUUUAUCAGUGAGGUAUUUGAUGAAGCUAAAAAUAAAGUGGUCCGAUGUUUCGAUGACAUGAAAGCUGAGGUUAAGAGCCACGCUCCCAAGCCACCCAAGCGCCAAAAAGGAGAAAGUGACUAUGUGUUCAAGGAAAGAGAAACGAAGUAUGAGAGAGAGACUCGAGACUACAAGACCUACGUGGCAACUACUGCUUCCAUCAUGAGCAGUAUCAUGGAGGUCUUCACUGAAGUCCUCAUAAAGGUCAAAGAGUUCUUCAACAAGCUGUGGACCUGGAUCAAGCAAUUUUUCAAAGACAUUGGAGAAAAAAUUGCCAGUUUCAUUAAGGAGGUCAAGGAAACUAUCAACGAAGGUUUGUCUAGAAUAUUUGGUUGGUAGAUUCAGCAAUCAACCUUCUUUGAAUUCUUCUGUAAAUUAAAGACCCUUCCUGCUUGUCCACUUUUUUUCCCUGAGGGUUGGCAAGUGCUUAACCCGACACGUGUUCAUUAAUACUUGCAAAAAAAGUUCUUCUACUUUGUAAUUGUUGAGUAUAAUUUUUAUUUUCUGCUGCUUCAGCUGUUGAUGUGCUUGUUAAACAACCCUGGUCUUUAGUCUCUUUUCUUUCUUCGGCUUUACAUUAUUUUUGAUCGCAUAGACGAAGAUAUAUGAAUGUUUAUAUUUGUAUCAUAAACAAAUUACCCUAUUCUUCAAGCAGCCUGUGAAUAUGUUUGUCUGCUUACCUAGAUAUAGACACGUAUACCAAUAAUCCAUUUAUCUGGACAUAAAAUAAAACACUUGGAGACGA